AUGCGGCUUCUUGUCAUAUUAACCGUCUUCACUUUAACAUUCGCCGACUAUAAUAAUACCCAUGAUCUCUUCGCCCUUCAUCUCGAUCCCUCAGCGUCACCAGAGCACAUCGCACAGGCUCUCGGAGCCGGAGUCCAGCAUGAAGGCCCGAUCGGCGAACUUGCAGGCCAUCACAAGUUCUCUGUCCCGAGGGAGCGGAGAUUUGAGGUGGAGAGUCUGCUUGCCGACAUCUAUAAGAAGAAUGCUCUGCAGCAGAGGGGGGAAGACGUGCUCGAUGGGAAAAUCCUCUGGGCGCAGAAGCUGGCCUUGAAGAAGCAGAAGCGGUUGCAGAAACGGAUUCCACCGCCGCCUGAUACUAUGAACUAUCGAGAGGCUUCGCAGCAGAAGGAUGAUGACCCUCUUGCUGUGCAAACGCAGAAGAGCAUCGCUGAGACUCUGGGCAUCACAGACCCCCUUUUCCACAAACAGUGGCACUUGUUUAACACCGUCUAUCCGGGCCAGGAUACCAAUGUCACCGGCCUAUGGCUCGAAGGGAUCACGGGGGAAGGCACAGUCACGGCCAUCAUCGACGAUGGCUUGGACACGGACAGUGCAGAUCUCCGCGACAAUUACUAUGCGCGAGGUUCCUACAAUUUCAACGACAAGAACGACGAUCCGCGGCCCAGAAGCGCGCGCGAAUCCCACGGGACGCGAUGCGCUGGCGAAGUCGCUGCAGGGAAGAACAGCGUCUGCGGCGUGGGCAUGGCAUACGACGGCAAAGUGGCAGGACUGCGCAUCCUGGCUGGACUCAUCGAUGAAAGCGAUGAAGCAGCUGCCCUCAACUAUGCAUACCAGGAUAAUCAGAUCUACUCGUGCUCCUGGGGCCCCGUGGACGACGGCAAGACGAUGGAAGCUCCCGGGCCGCUAUUCAAGCGAGCCCUGAUCAACGGCGUGCAGAACGGCCGGCAGGGGAAAGGCUCGAUCUUCGUCUUCUCGGCCGGCAAUGGCGGAUUUAACGACGAUAACUGCAAUUUCGAUGGCUAUGCCAGCAGCAUAUACAGCAUCACGGUGGGCGCCAUCACCAGAGCAGGGAAGCAUCCCAGCUAUUCGGAAUCUUGCUCUGCGCUGUUGGUUGUGACAUAUGCGAGUGAUGUUGUUGGAUAUAUCAACGGCGGCGGUGAUGCGAUUUACACCACGGACAUUGGCGUUGAUGCAUGUACAGACGUCCACGGCGGAACCUCAGCCGCUGGGCCACUGGCUGCCGGAGCCAUUGCUCUUGCGCUGAGUGUCCGGCCAGAGCUCACAUGGCGAGAUGUGCAGUAUCUUCUGGUGGAGACUGCUGUCCAGGAAGGGGACGACUGGCAGGCGACGACGAUCGGGCGCAAGUUCAGCCACGACUGGGGAUACGGCAAAAUCGACGCCUAUGCCUUGGUGCAACGGGCAAAGGAGUGGCCGCUGGUGAAGCCACAGGCAUGGUAUCACUCGUCGUGGCUGAAGGUGCGUCGCGGCAUUCCGCAGGGCGCGCAGCAGGGCCUGGCAAGCACAUUCGAAGUGACUCGAGAGGCUAUCCAGAAGGCCAAUAUUGCCCGGUUGGAGCACGUCACCGUGACGAUGAACAUUAACCAUACGCGACGCGGUGAUAUCAGCGUCGAUCUGCGCAGUCCGGAGGGCAUCAUAAGUCACUUGAGCACGCCUCGCAGGCUCGACGACGAGGAAGCCGGCUACGUGGACUGGACGUUCAUGUCUGUUGCACAUUGGGGCGAAUCUGGUAUAGGCACCUGGACGAUCACCGUUAGAGACUCUGUCGUCAACGACUUCUCAGGUAUAUUUGUCGACUGGCGGCUCAAUCUUUGGGGCGAGGCGCUGGAUGCUGCGUCCCAGACCCUUCAUCCGUUUGCAGAUGAGGACGAAGACGCCGUUGCAGCCACGAUUGUGGAUUCAGAGGUUGGCCUACCUGUCAGUACAGGCCAGAAACCGCCAACUACUGCUAUCGACAGCCCGGAUAGAGGUCUGCAAGUCUGGAUCUACGCUACUCUAUCUCUGAUCAUCGCGUUCUGUAUUGCGUUUGGCAUCUACUUCUACAUCCAGCGGAGGAAACACUUUCGCCAUGACUACGAAUUUCAAAUAAUUAAAGACGAAGAUGACGAUGAGGAUGAAAAGAGCCAAGGCGAUGAACUCAAUGCCUUUGCCGAAUAA